AAGUCCCAUGGCUUCAUGCUUUCAAGUUGUUUUCCAGAGCAAUUCAUCAGAAAUGUAGGGAAAAAAAAAUCUGCCAAGAGUCGACGGCAUCCAUUGUGCAAACCACCUGCUAGAUCUCCAUCAACUCUGGUCAAACAAGAAUUGAUAAGCGAUGAAGAAUUGGUUGAUUCCACAUCCAAUGAAGAAGAGGUAAAUGAAACUCAGCCUUGGGCCAAACCUCUUGUCCAACUCUGGCAGAAUAAACCACAUAAUUUUCAAGCAGAGAAGGAAUAUAAUGAAGAAGCCUCGAAAAUGGAACCAUAUUGUGCCAUUUGCUCACUUUUCUUUCCUUAUUACCAGCCUGAUCAUCUCAUGGAAAGCAAAUCUGAAAUCAAAACUGAUACAACUGAAUUGUCACCAUCCAAACAACAUAAAACUAAACCGCUUAUUCCAGAAAUGUGCUUUUCAUACAGUGAAGAAAAUAAUGAUCUCUAUCCCACCAAUUCAUUUAUUGAAGAGGAUGGAACUAGUUUGCUGAUAUCCUGUACAAAGUGCUGUCUACAAGUUCAUGCAAGUUGUUAUGGUGUUCCUCUUCAUGAAAUCCACGAUGGUUGGACCUGUUCUCGUUGUAUGAUUGGUGCUUGGACAGCAGAUUGUUGCCUGUGUAAUUUGAGGGGUGGUGCACUUAAGCAGACUACUGAUAAAAGGUGGGCUCAUGUGAUGUGUGCAGUAGCAAUUCCAGAAGCAAGAUUUGUGAAUGUGAUGGACCGUAGUCCAGUGGAUGUCACCCGAAUUCCUUUGCAAAGAUUGAAGCUCGUAAGUUUGAAGAGUUGCUUUUCUUUUCUUGGUUUCAUCUUCCAAUUGUAAUUAGAUAUUUGCAUAUAAUCCCAACAAAACUGUU